AGCAACGGCUGGCCAAUGGGGGAGGCGCGGGGGGCGGGACAUCGGCGCCUGGUCGCGGCGAGCAAAGAUCCUCUAGUACCUUUGGCGGCGAAGGGGAGAGGUGGACGACAGGAAGACAUCAUGUGGCCUGUUUUAUGGACUGCCAUCCGUGUAUAUGCUCCCUACAUAACCUUUCCUUUGGCUUUCGUGGUUGGGGCAGUGGGCUACAACAUAGAGUGGUUUAUUCGUGGGAACCAACAGCCAGUUCAAAAGGAGAGCAUUUUUGAAUUGCGUGAAGAAAGGAGGCUUGCUGAGAUUGCUAAUAAAGAUUGCACAGAGGUCUUAAGUUUAAACGAUAAACUGGAGUUUGCACCAAGGGCUGUGCUAAAUCGGAAUCGGACAGACUCAGCCAGUCGUAGCUAGCCCAUGACAAUUGAUGCAACGAUGCAGCAACUUGCCUCUGAAGUACAUACAACUUCUGAAGAUCACUCGUUGAGCAAUGUCAUUGAGUUUGAACAUCUGCCUUCUUGAGUUGCAGUACAUGGUGAAAAUUCCAGACUUUCAUUCAUUCUCCAGAAGCUGAGAACCAAGAAUCUCCUGCGGUUGUGUGUUCAACUGAAUCGCUUUCUUGAUCACAUGACCACUGACCCUUACUCUUGGCUUAGAAUUUUAAUCCCUUGAAUGGCUCUUUUUUUCUUUUGAUUUGAAAUAUCAGAAUUCAUGGUUGCUUGUGAAUCUAAUUAAAAUGCAUUGCAGAUGAAUGAGAUUAAAGUUCUGUUGGCAUGAA